AUGCCCAGUCAGCGCUAUCGAUUGGCCGAUCCGGAACACGAUCCUACCACAAUAGCUCCCUUGAGCCUGUCCAAUGGUGGGUACGAGCAAGGCGAUGGUGGCUUGCACAAGACCGGAUUCUUCGAAGUCGCUCCCCGAAGGCUGCGCAAACUAACCAAGCCCCGAUGGCUAGAGACCGAGGCUGCGUCGCGUUUCGAGGCAUGCAUCACGACUUCAUUCGGCUAA